GCGAUCCAAAACAGACUGCAUCUCCUGCCAAAAAUAAUGUUAAAAGACCAUCUAACCGAGAGCACCCUCCUAUAGCAAAAAACCGCGAGGAGUUUACUUUGCUUCAAUCUAAUGAUGGAUAUAUAGCCGAUCAAAAACCAUUGAAACCGGUUCCUGUUGAUAUGGUUCUAGAGGCAGUCAAUAACAGACAUCAAUUACUGAGUGAUGUGCAUGCAUUGGAUAAUGAAAUAUCACGAAUGUCGGUGUUGAAUAGAUAAUAAACUGGAAUCUUCAAGUUUGGCAACUCCAUUGUUGAAAUGCUUGAAUGCAGAGGUUGGCUUGAAAUCAUAGAAUGCCAUGACUUGCGUACCAGUCUUGGACAAAGUGGACAGUAAACCUGUUUAAUCUACUUUAUACUCUAGUCCAUAGCAGAUCCAACUUGGAUGCAAUGAUUUCCCAUGCAUGGACAGUAUGUAGCUGCAAGACCAUCGAAUACAACGCAACAGACCUGCAAUACUAUACAGGAUUCCAGUGCACACUUGUCUUGGUCAAGAUGUAUCGCAAUACAUGUCAGAUCAACCAGCAUUCUCGAUAGAAUCAUCAAAAUUGAUAAAUACGACUUUCCUUUACAUUUGUACUUUUAUUAUUUUGGCAUGUCUGUGCUGCUAGAAACUACAUUGGGCGAGUUGGUCAUUGACCUUGAGGUCGACAAGGCUCCACAGGCCUGUAUCAAUUUUCUUAAGUUGUGCAAACUCAAAUACUACAACUUUGUUUUAGUUCAUAGUGUUCAGAAGCAUUUUGUUGCUCAGAUGGGUGAUCCAUCUGGAAAGGGUACUGGCGGAAACACAGUAUGGGGGAUAAUUCAGGACAAAGAUAACCAGGUAUUUGAACCAGAGAUUCAUCCCAAGCUCAAACACAACCGAAAAGGCAUUGUUUCCAUGGCAUUGGUGCCAUGUGAUGGCAGACUCAUGGCAGGAUCACAAUUUCUCAUUACUCUUGUAGAUACUCAUCUCGAAUAUCUUGACAGAAAACAAGCUAUUUUUGGACAAGUUGCAGAGGGAUUUGAGACCUUGGACAAGAUUAACGAUGCCAUAUGUGAUCAAGAAGGUCGACCUUAUCGUGAUAUUCGGAUCAAACAUACAAUUAUUCUGGAUGAUCCGUUUGACGACCCAGAAGGGUUAGUUGUUCCCAUCCGAUCGCCAAUCCCAUCAGAAGAAAUGCUCAAAUUGAGUCGAAUUGGAGAAGAGGACGAGCUUGCACCCAAGCUAUCUGAAGAAGAAGCUGAUCGUUUGCGAAAAAAACAAGAAGCCGAGGCUCGAGCAUUAACUCUAGAAAUGAUAGGCGACUUGCCAUUUGCAGAUAUCAAGCCACCAGAAAACAUUCUUUUUAUAUGCAAGCUGAAUCCAGUUACUAGAGAUGAAGAUUUGGAACUGAUAUUUUCUCGAUUUGGAAAUAUACUGAGCUGCGAGAUUAUUCGGGACAAGAAAACACAAGAGUCGUUGGGAUACUCUUUCAUCGAGUUUGAAACCAAAGAGCAAUGCGAAGAAGCAUAUUUUAAAAUGGAUAACGUGUUGAUUGAUGACAGAAGAAUACAUGUAGACUUUUCACAGUCGGUUUCAAAGUUGCAUCGAGAAUUUCUGGUAUCUAAUCGUUUGGUUGGCAAUCUAGUGAGUAAGCAAGGUAAAAAUAGUUUUGGAGAUGGUCUUGAGAAGCGACAAAGAUACAGAGACGAGGUUUCAAAUCAAAACGAAGACUACGAUCUGGUAUUUGAACAUGGUGGAGACUUGCAUCGUGAAAAGCAAGGCAAAACAUCGAUAUCCACAAGUGACUCUUUUAAAAAGAAACACCCAACCAAUGAUCAUCGCAACCAUCGGGACGAUGGCAGCACUCGCCAUGACCGACACAAAACUGUAUCCCAACGCCCAUACCAAAACAGCCCAACUCACGCAUCAAAACACUCUGAGCGAAAGAGACAUGGCGAUAAAGAUUUGGAAGAACGAAAAAUAAAACGAUCAUUUGUUUGA